AUGCAAUCACAAUACAUCCACACGCCUUCCAGAUGCUGGGGCAGCAACGGCUUCUCAUCCUUCCGCGCCACCAGCACGCAAGACCUCGCCUCCGUCUUUAUUCUGCCCCGGAACCCCGCCGCAUAUCCCGACAAGAAGGGCAAGGCGAAGAUUUGUAUAGCUGGCAUUGAGGGAGGCGGCGGCGGCGGCUGCGUGGGCUUUGCCUAUGUCAGGAAGGAGGACGCGGACGACAUUGUGCCUGCCGAUACGACCGUUGACGUAGUGGUUGGGAUCUCCUACUGCCUUGCGAUACUAGUUGGGCCAGAUUUCGUCAAACAAGUAGGAGACCGCAGUUGCUUCAAGAGGCAAAGCACAAAUAAUGGCUAUUUCGAACGCAUCGCGUCCGGCAGGCCCUUUAUCCAUGUCCACCAGCGCAUAUGCGCCCGUCGCGCGUCACCUGGGGGAUGCCGUUAUGUGAGAUGGGAUCGAUGCGAAUGGGAGCGAUCGAUGGCUCGCCUUGGGUUGUGA